GAUUUUGAGCAAUGCGUCCUGUCGGGAGACAGGGAAUGUCGCUAUGUUAAAGGCGAAAUCAGAGAAGGAAUCGGAGACCAUCGACGCCAGUCCAUGUUUUUUUGCGGCCACCAUUCAGAAUGCCUACCAUUCAACACGAAAGGGGCUUUGGAGAGGGCGAAAAGAGCCGUUGAACAGCAUUUCGCUGUUGUAGGUGUUUUAGAAGAGUUGAACACCACGUUGGCAGUAUUGGAAAAUUAUAUUCCAAGGUUUUUUGACGGUGCGUCGGAUAUUUACUGGAAUGAAAUCAGCCGUUUCAAUCCAAUAAACAGAAACGCCUUCAAACCACCAGUCAGCGAAGAAGUAAAAAACCUUGUUAGAGCAAAUUUCACGAAGGAAAUAGAAUUCUAUGAAUUCUGCAAACAAAGACUGCAUAAACAAUAUAUAGCUUUGAAAUUACCGGAAAUGUAUAGAUGAAGAUACAAAGACUUUUAGAUUCGAAAAUCAUCAUUCAAAAAGUGAUACCUAAUUUCAAAGAGUAUCUUCUAAGAUUAAUUUUUACUGUAAUAUUUCUGCUGAAUGAUUUGUGACGAAUUAUUUCACAUACAAAUCCCAGCGAAGUGUGAAGAAGUUCAAUUUGUGUGUGAUGUUCAUUUGUGAAUAAUGUUGUGAUUAUUGUUAAUAUAGGAGUAUUUUUUGAAGAAGUAA